AUGUCGACAAUGGAGAGCUUGAUCGGACUAGUCAACAGAAUACAGAGAGCUUGCACUGUGUUAGGAGAUCAUGGCGGUGGAGAAAACAUGUCUCUUUGGGAGGCUCUUCCCUCUGUCGCCGUCGUCGGUGGCCAGAGUUCGGGGAAAUCAUCCGUGUUGGAAAGCGUGGUCGGCAGAGAUUUCCUGCCUCGUGGAUCUGGCAUUGUUACGCGGAGGCCGCUAGUGCUGCAACUUCAUAAAAUAGAGGAGGGACGCUCUGAUUAUGCCGAGUUUCUUCAUCAACCGAGAAAGAAGUGGACUGAUUUUGCCGCUGUGCGGAAGGAGAUCCAAGAUGAAACCGAUCGAAUAACUGGGAAGACGAAGGCAAUAUCUAACAUUCCAAUUCAAUUGAGCAUAUAUUCCCCAAAUGUUGUCAAUUUAACCCUCAUAGAUCUUCCCGGGUUGACAAAAGUUGCUGUAGAGGGUCAGCAGGAAAGCAUUGUUCAAGAUAUUGAAAAUAUGGUCCGUUCUUAUGUUGACAAGCCCAAUUGCAUCAUAUUGGCUAUUUCUCCAGCAAAUCAAGACAUUGCAACAUCAGAUGCCAUAAAACUUGCACGAGAAGUUGAUCCAACAGGUGAAAGAACGUUUGGUGUCUUGACAAAGCUUGAUUUGAUGGAUAAAGGAACAAAUGCUUUGGAUGUUCUUGAAGGACGAUCAUACAGAUUGCAACAUCCAUGGGUUGGAAUUGUUAAUCGUUCUCAAGCUGAUAUCAACAAGAAUGUUGACAUGAUUAUUGCCCGUCGAAAGGAGCGUGAAUAUUUUGAAACAAGCCCGGAAUAUGGUCAUUUGUCUAGUAAAAUGGGGGCAGAAUAUCUUGCAAAGCUUUUGUCCAAGCAUCUAGAGACAGUUAUUAGGCAGCGCAUACCAAGCAUCAUUGCUUUGAUAAACAAGACAAUAGAUGAGAUUAAUGCAGAGUUGGAUCGUGUUGGAAGGCCUAUUGCAACGGACUCAGGGGCUCAACUAUACACCAUUCUUGAAUUAUGUCGUGCAUUUGAUCGUGUAUUUAAAGAGCACCUAGAUGGAGGGCGUCCUGGAGGAGAUCGAAUCUAUGGGGUGUUCGAUCAUCAACUACCUGCUGCAUUAAAGAAGUUGCCAUUUGAUCGUCAUCUCUCAACGAAGAAUGUGCAGAAAGUUGUUUCAGAAGCUGAUGGUUACCAGCCACACUUAAUAGCUCCAGAGCAGGGUUACAGAAGGCUGAUUGAUGGAUCCAUCGGCUUUUUCAAAGGCCCAGCUGAAGCCUCUGUUGAUGCUGUGCAUUUUAUUUUGAAGGAACUUGUACGGAAGUCAAUAGCCGAAACAGAGGAGUUGAAGCGUUUUCCAACACUCCAGUCUGACAUUGCUGCUGCUGCUAAUGAAUCCCUGGAAAGAUUCCGUGACGAUAGCAGAAAAACAGUUCUGCGACUUGUGGACAUGGAGUCUAGCUACCUGACUGUGGAAUUUUUCCGUAAACUUCAAAUGGAGCCAGACAAGCCCACGAACUCAAAAGAAGCCCCAAACCCAGCUGUCCCGGCGAUUGAUCGUUACAAUGAUCAUCAUUUCAGAAGAAUCGGAUCAAAUGUGAAUGCUUACAUUAACAUGGUUUGCGAUACGUUGCGCAACUCGGUUCCCAAGGCUGUGGUGUAUUGUCAGGUCCGAGAGGCCAAGAGAUCUCUUCUUAAUCACUUCUACACUCAAAUAGGAAGAAGAGAGAAGGAACAGCUUGGUGCGAUGUUGGAUGAAGACCCACAGUUGAUGGAAAGGAGGACACAGCUAGCAAAGAGGCUCGAACUGUACAAAUCAGCACGGGACGAAAUCGAUUCAGUCGCAUGGAAAUGA